GUGGCUGCAGAGUGGGGCAGUGUUGGAGUUCCAGGGCAACUUCUGUCCUUCCAGCCCAGGGUUUAGUUACAAGUGGAAGGCAGAUCUUUGAAACACAGGAUGGCUGCUCAGCAGCUACUCAAGCAGAAGAAAAAGCCCUCUAAGGAAGCAGUACUGUUCCCUGAGAGCAUCACCACAGAGCAGCAGUCCCUGGUGCUGGUGAAAAGGCUCCUGGCCAUCUCCGUGUCCUGCAUAACCUACAUGAGGGGGCUGUUCCCAGAGAGUUCCUAUGGCACACGCUAUCUGGAUGAUCUCUGUCUAAAAAUUCUCCGAGAAGAUAAAAGCUGUCUGGGAUCAUUGCAGAUAGUCAAGUGGAUUCAAGGUUGUUUUGAUGCUUUGGAGAAGCAGUAUCUACACGUGGCUGUCCUUGCAAUUUACACCAAUCCCGAGACAGUCACUGAAAUGUAUCAAUUCAAAUUCAAGUACAAAAACAAGGUGCCCCAGAUGGACAUCAGCAGCAACCACAGGGAGUUUGUGGCUGGGCUGUGCAGCAAGGAUGUCAAGCAGGCCAGCAGACUUCUGCUCAGGACCCUGUACCUGCUCAUGCAGGACCUGGGGCCACUGCCCAGUGACAUCACCCUGAGCAUGAAACUCCUCUACUACAACCAUGUCACUCCCAAGGAUUACCAGCCCCCUGGUUUCAAGGAAGAUGGCAGCCCUGGUGACCUCUUGUUUGCUGGGGAUCCCAUCAACCUGAAAGUGGGCUCAGUCUCCACUGAUUUCCACCUCAUGAAAGUCAGAGUGACAACUGAGAAGAAGAGGGUGAAGAAGGCUGACAGCAACCUGAUCCAGAAGAAUGGCCCUACUGAGAUCUCCCACCAAGGGCUGGACUGCGAGGAAGAUGAGGAGGAGGAGGAGUGCACAAAGAAUCACCCUUGCCCUGUCAGAGCCGAUUCAAAUGAGCAUGAAGGGGAUAAAAGUGACACCCAUCCAGGUAGCAAGAAGAAGAGAGGAAUAAAGGAGACAGACAGGAUGCCUUGCUCAAGGCCAUGUCAGGAGAUAAACCUCCUGAGCCUUGCCUUCAGCCAGGAAGAGGUAAUAGGACCCGAGAAGAAAAGGAAGGUCAGUGAACCAGAGAAGCUGCCUCUGAACGGCAGGAAAAUAUGUUCGUUCUGACACACAAUACAUUUGGAAGGUGUGAGUUUGCAUUGUCAUCUGACUGGUACAGACCAAUGUUUAACUCUUCCCCAUCCCACGUGUAUUUCUGCAUGUUUGUUUGUCUUAUGAAAACUCUGGAUUGCCAAGAGACAGCAAGCACCAGAGCUGCCAUGGCAUUGCCAACCAGCUGCACUUGUUUGAUGUUCUUAAGCUGAGAAUUUAUCAUCCUACAUGAA